UAACUUUGACAGUUUGUGGCUUCAUUUUGUAGGGUGAGGUGUUAGUUGUGUAUUUUGGAUUAUUUUGAUAUCGUUAUCAAUUUUACAAUGCUGAAAUAAUGUUUCAAGCUUGAAAGUGCUCAAAUAUGUGUCGUUGUAGUGAUUCUUUCAAUUAUAAUUUGUAUGAAGUGUAGUGUCCAACAUGUUUCGAUGUAUACCUUUGUUCAAAUGUAAUCGCCAAGUGGAAUGUGUAGACAAGCGGCAUUGCUCCCUGCCAACAAUACCCGAAGACAUUUUGCGGUAUUCAAGGAGUUUAGAGGAACUCUUUUUGGACGCUAAUCAUAUACGAGACCUGCCGAAGAAUUUCUUCAGACUUCAUAGACUAAGAAGAUUAGGCCUCAGUGAUAAUGAAAUUCACAAACUUCCAGCAGACAUACAGAAUUUUGAAAAUUUAGUUGAGCUAGAUGUAUCUCGAAAUGACAUUCCCGACAUCCCGGAGGAUAUCAAAAAGCUUCGGGCGCUGCAGAUUGCGGACUUCAGCAGCAACCCGAUCCCGCGGCUGCCAGCGGGCUUCAGCCAGUUGCGGGCGCUCACCGUGCUCGGCCUCAAUGACAUGUCGCUCACAAGCCUGCCCAGCGACUUUGGCAGUUUGAUCUCACUUCAGUCGCUGGAGCUAAGAGAAAAUUUACUAAAAUCUCUACCAGAAUCAUUGAAAAAUCUUACCAGAUUGCAAAGGCUGGAUCUUGGCGAUAAUGACAUUGAGGAACUGCCGGGUUUCAUCGGUGAGCUGCCGGCGCUAGAAGAACUUUGGUUGGACCACAAUAAACUCCAAUAUUUACCUCCUGAAAUUGGAAACUUAAAGGCACUAAUAUGUCUAGAUGUGAGUGAAAAUAAACUAGAGAAAAUUCCCGAAGAAAUCGGAGGUCUGUGCUCCCUUACCGACUUACACCUCUCUCAGAAUAUGUUGGAAACAGUACCUGAUGGUAUCGGAGAUUUAUCCAAGUUAGCUAUACUGAAGUUGGACCAAAAUAGAUUACAUACAUUAAACGAAAAUGUAGGAAGGUGUACAAAUCUUCAAGAGCUUAUAUUAACGGAGAAUUUUUUAAUGGAGCUGCCUAAGUCUAUAGGGAAUCUCAAUGAGCUGACUGUACUGAAUGUAGAUAGGAAUACCUUGGCUGAAAUACCGCUAGAGAUCGGUAACAUGACGUUACUUGGAGUAUUGUGCUUAAGAGAUAAUAAACUAACUAGAUUACCGAACGAACUGGGAAAUUGUAAAUCGCUACAUGUUUUGGAUGUUAGCGGUAAUAGGUUGCAGUACUUACCGUACACGUUAGUGAACUUGGAACUAAAAGCGGUGUGGCUAUCGGAGAACCAAGCUCAACCGCUUCUGACCUUCCAAACCGAUAGAGACGAGACUACCGGGGAGAAUGUCCUCACUUGCUUCUUGCUACCUCAGCUUAGUUAUACACAACAACCAGAGCUGGAACACACGUCAGAGGUCGGCAGUGGACACUGGUUCAGGGAACACAGAUUUAAUUCACAAUCGCAAGAGCUAGAUAGAGUAAGAGAAUCGAGCAUAUCUCGAGACCGUGAUUCGGACAACGAGGACUGGGAACAAAAGGAGAAUUCACGCACACACUCUGUCAAGUUUACCGAAGACAUGCCGGAAGUUAAAGAGACACCUUUUGUCCGUCAAAAUACACCUCACCCGAAGGACUUGAAGGCGAAAGCACAAAAGCUCCUUGCUGGACGCUCCCCGGAGACCGCGAGCAACCAGGCCGCGAAACAAGAGGCUCCGACUACAAACGGUAUCACUAUGUCACCGCCAGAAAUACAAGUGCCAGUCGAAACUAUUGAAGCCGUACACGCCACUCAGCCGGCUCCCGAAUCUACCAAGGACGAUGACAGCGACACACAAACAGCUGCUGACCGAGAAUCGUCUGAAGGCGAAAACGAUGAAAACGACGAUUCCGACGAACUCGAGCGUCCGCGGCGGGUCGCGUGGCGGGCCACGGUGGAGGAGCGCGGCGCCCCGGUGCAGGCGGGCCGGCUCCAUCGCCGCGACACACCCCACCACCUCAAGAACAAACGCGUCAAUCAGAUCGACGCAAGGCGUGCGCGAGACCUUAUUGCGCAGGCAAUUAAGAAACGCGAACAAGCUGAAGAGCAGAAGACUGAUGAGGAAGAAACAGCUGAGGAUACCCACGACGGUGAAUCGGUGUCAGAAAGGGCGGAGAGCGAAGUGCGUGUAGUUAACGAUCAGCGAUGCAUCGAGGUCCGCAUCGCGCGCACCGCUGGCGGCCUGGGCUUGAGCAUAGCCGGCGGCCGCGGCUCCACACCCUACGUCGGCGACGACGACGGCAUAUUCAUAUCAAGAGUCACACCAAAUGGUCCCGCAUAUAAUGCUGGACUUAGGGUUGGCGACAAGGUGCUCUCGGUGAACGGUACGUCGGUGGUAGAGGUGGAUCAUUAUUAUGCAGUGGAAGUACUUAAAGCAAGCGGGCCAACGCUAACACUUGUCGUGACCAGAGAUUCACCCAAUUCGACCAGAACCCACAGCCGAGCUCCGAGCGGUGCGAGCCAUCAUUCUGUAUCAAGCACUACCGAUACCGUUUCCACAUUGGAAAAUGGACAGGUUACCACCGGUCGCGGUGUUCCGACUAAGCCGCUUAUCUUCAGCAACCAGUACGCUCAGGAGUUCGAACCGGAAUAUAAGGAGCAACCGGCACCGCAGCCGGUCCCGGUCCCGACAGCGGUCACUCCGGUAGCGAGCUACAGCCCCUCGCCCACGGGACAGGUCACCACCGACACUUACCAGCGCCUGCAGGCGUCCCCCCCACCACCCGUCGUGGACCCAUAUAUACCACCCGUAUAUCAACAGAAGGUGCUAGUUCACACGACUCUGAUCCGCGACGGAGCUGGUCUCGGGUUCAGUAUAGCCGGCGGUAAGGGCUCCCCGCCGUACCGAGAUGACAGCGACGCCAUUUACAUCUCGCGUAUCUCGCCACAAGGUGCUGCUGCUAAAGACGGCAAAAUGCUCGUCGGCGAUAAAGUUGUUUCGAUAAACGGCGUAGAUAUGGAGAACGCUCCUCACGAAGCCGCCGUAUCCCUUCUCACCGGACACGAAAGAUUUGUAAGACUCGUUCUGCAACGGACCAUCACAACGGAGCAAGGCGAGCUGUUACCGCGGAAAUCAACAUCAGAAGAAGUGAGAGAGCACAAGACGAGCCUGCAGAAUGUGAACAUAACUCCGACACCGAAACCCACUACGAAUCACAUUAGCACAGCCAUCGGCAACCACACUAACACUUACACCGCACCGCGCGUGUCGCACUCGCCGGCGCCGUCGCCGCAGCCGCCCGCGCACAAGCCCAGCACGCUGCCCACCGCCGUCCCACCGCAACCCGCACCCAGGAAACUCAGUCAAACCAACGGACAGGCCAAACCAACAACUAACAGUGCGAGCACGCCCCUAACACCUGGCGCCAAUAACGUGCACGGAUCUAACGACGACGUCUUCGAUGAUAUACAGCCGUCGCGGCCGAUAACCAACGAGGAGUUCCAAGCGAUGAUCCCGGCGCACUUCCUGGGCGGCGCGCGGCCGGCGGGCAGCAGCGCGCCGCCCGAGCGCGGCGUGCGCGUCACGGUGGAGCGCGCCGCGCCCGCCGCGCUGCUGCCGCCGCCGCCCGCCGCGCUCGGCCGCGUCACCGAGACCAUCACCAAGUCCACCUUCACCGAGACCACCGUCACCCGCAUCACCGACAACCAACUCGUCGCGCCGCUCAUCAUCGAAGAUGUGAUUUUAGUCAAAGAAGGAGGAUCUCUCGGCUUUAGUAUUAUUGGCGGGACCGAUCAUUCUUGCGUGCCAUUUGGUGGGAAAGAACCUGGAAUAUUUAUAUCACAUGUGGUUCCUGGUGGGGUUGCAGCUCGUUCAGGGAAACUGCGAAUGGGUGAUCGUCUACUGAAAGUCAAUGGCACAGAGUUGACUGGCGCAACGCAUCGUGACGCCGUGCAACUGUUGCUGCAACCCGGCAACACGCUCGCUCUCACCGUGCGACACGACCCGCUGCCGAACGGAUUCCAGGAUCUAACAAUAGUCAAACAAGAAGGCGAGAAACUAGGAAUGCACAUUAAGGGCGGUUUGAACGGCCAGCGUGGGAACCCUAACGAUCCUAACGAUGAGGGCGUCUUCAUAUCCAAGAUCAACAGCGGUGGUGCCGCCAGGAGAGAUGGCAGACUUAAGGUUGGCAUGCGUCUAUUAGAAGUGAACGGUGUGUCGCUGCUAGGUGCGACACACAACGAAGCUGUGAACGCAUUGCGAUCAGCCACUAACGCACCGCUGCACCUCGUCGUGUGCUACGGGUACACCAGACCAGAGAAAAACACUACUGGUAGCGAGAGCGGAACGGCGGAUACAGGCGGCUCUCUGUCUCACUCAACGUCAAGCCUGGACAGGGAUGAACCGUUGCACCAACAACAACAGGAGCAACUUUAUCAACAGGACCUGGUUGAGUUUGAACACGAGAAACAAGUCGCAGAACUGAGGGAAAAAUCUACACCCGAAAAGGUGUUGGAUAUUGUCCACGCUGUAGAGAGCAUGGCUCUCGAGCCCGCACCACCGAUAUCGCCGGAACUACAACACAAGACGACGACUGUUGUUAUGUCCAAGCACACACUUCAACCUCAGUCGUCUAGUUCGCAAGCGGCGCCCCCCUCGCCGCUCGCGGUGUUCACUCAGCAGAAAGCGAAGACGCCGCCCCCUCCCGCACCGACCCCCCCGCCCACGCCCGCCGCCGGCUCGGCCGCCGACCCGCCGCCGCUGCUGCGGCCCAGCCACCCGCCACCCGCGCCGCCCGCGCAACCCGCCCCCGCCAAACAAAAGCCUCAAGUGCCUCGCAAACCGCAUACGAAGCGAGUUAGUUUCACACAAGAGCCGAUGGACGAACCUGAAUACCCUGAUCCUAUAUCAACGAACGAUACGAAAACGAUAUUUCGACCCUCAUUGCAUGACGUGCAUGAUGACGAACCGACGGGGCCGAUGAUCAUAGACACUAACGAUGCAUGCGAAGGGGCUAGCUCUAUACUAAUCCGAAACCAACCGUCUACCGAAUUAGAAGUCUCGAGACCAAUCCCUAAAGCGAGUCGAGUACUUCACGCCGACCUCAUCAUCCCUCCUCCGCCUUUGUUUGAUAAUUACGUAAGUGAUAGUGAAAUAAUAGAGGAAGAAGAUAUUGAUCAAAGUUUGCCACCUAUCAUCGUCAUACCUGAACGGAUUGUGCUGCCUGAGCCUGCGGUGGCCGAAACAUCCAUGCAGUCCUCAAAUUCUACCAAUUCUCCAGAAACUGAAGUCCCUCCGCCUAUAAACUAUAAAGCAUAUUCACGUUUGGUCUCAGGACCCGCUGUUCCUGAUAUUCCUAGCUCAGCCAUCAUUUCGGAAGUGCCUUCCAGUAACAUCUUUCGGACUACUGAAAUUCCAUUUGUGACAAAAGAUGAAUAUUACAACGAGCUUUCUGUCAGUCCUAGUGGAGAACCCGAUCCUCCAGCAUUACUGCAUGCGCAGUAUAAAACUCUUCCUUCUGUUUCUCACGUGCCUAAUUCCCCAUGUAAUUUACACCCAGAUCAAACAUAUAUUGAUCAAAGAAUAAUUUAUGUUCCUGUGCAUCGGUCAUUACGUGAUUUAAGAACAGAUAAUAUUACAUCGGCUAUGGUUCAUUCUAACACAUAUCCGCCGAUCAAUCCCUAUCCAUCUCUUACCACUGUAGCUGGAACUUAUAAUCCAUACACGUGCACAGUCCCCGUAUGCUCCUCUAAUCAAACUGGAUAUUUGAAUCACAAAUCACAGACCGCUACGGUCAGUACUUUAGGACAGGAUAUAAAUGCAAAUAUCACAUCAUCUGUCCCCACUAAUAAUUACGAUGCGCCUAAAAGUGUUCAAUCAGAAAGAAGAGUCCGUUUCGGUGAGGUGACGACAGUGCCCGAAACCGAUCUAUUGUCGAACAAUUUGGGCCCCUUGAGGGAAGGGAGCCCAACGCCUACAUCCGUCCUGAAACCCGCAUGGAGCAGCAAAAUCAAAGCCUUCGCCAUCGGCGAGGUAAACAUCAAUGCUUCCCCACCUCAUUCUGGUAAUUUUGUAAAAGCGUCUGUCAGCGAUAAGAAAAAGUUUUUCGAAAAUGCUAUGGAAGAAAGUCACAAACCGUCGCCUAAGCCAGAAAAAGUUUUCACAUUCCUUUCAGCGGAUGAGGUGGAGAAAUUGAAGCAAGAAGAGGAAAGGAAGAUGGCAUCUCUGUCGCGGUCAGAGCUCGGCUCAUGGUCCCCUGGAGAGGACCGUCAGAGUGGAUAUAGCUCGCAUUCCGACGACGAACCUUAUGAGAAUGGCCAUAGUGUGUCCGGUGGUGUGAGUCCGUCAGCAAAGUCGCAGCGUAGACGCGCGAGAGACGGGGAGGUGGAGGACGCCGCCACGCGCGCCGCGAGGCGGGCUGCCUGGCGGGCUGCUAGACUACGAUCACUCGAACAGGAAGCACUCGAAUCACAAAAAGUUAUAAAAAGCAUGGUGGGGCCAGCCAACGACAUUCUGGAAGAUCCACCAAGGGAAAAGUCCGAGAAAUGGCCCCUGCCACGUAUCGCGUUACGUACAAAACCGGGCCAAAUACUGGCCGUCAAGGAGAAAGAAAAAUUGUUAGACGAGCGCAUUACCCUCCGGACCGAGGAGUACGUGUGCCCGGCAACCGGCGAGACUAAAGUGCGAACCGUCGAGUACAUUGAGAAAGUCAUUGAGAAAGAGACGAUACCUGGAUUCUAGACACGGCAAGCUUCAACGAAAACAAUGGUGGAAACGACGCAAGAAAAAAUUAUAUCUCUGGAAUUAACGACUAGCCCGAGUAGCGAGACCGCGCCGACCGACCUCGAGGAGAAUAGUAUUAGCUUAGGUGAGGGCGAGGCCGACUGCGGCGAGGGCGGCGACAGCUCGCUGCAGCCCGACAUCGUGCAGGUCGUCAACCCCCUGCUGGACGGCGGCGCCGGCCGGGUCACCGCCAUCCCCGUGGGGCCCGCGCAGCGCCUCACCGCCUACUCAGACCAACCUCAGUAGACUCGCAGAGAUCUCUAUCCUAACGUCUCAUCUCCGCUCCCCCCCCCCCUACCUACCUACCUGCAGGAACAACCCCAUGACAACACAUCGACUACGACCACACUUGCAAUAGACACGACUCGACCGCUGUCGAGAAUCGAACUCGAUUGUAGAUUUCUUCAACGAAACGAACGUUAGUGAAACGAGUUUCCAUCUUAAUUUUGUAUUGUAACUGUGAUAAUAAAUUUAGAUUCCACCGACUUGUUAUGUUACUUAAAGGCGCUUGAAGAAAUCCACUAGCGAGACGCGUUUUGUGGCAUUUUAUUUUGAUCACAAUUUUUAUUUUUUUUAUUUUAGUUUUGCGACGGAGAUUUUAGGUUAAUGAUAGGUGUUAAUAUAUAUUUUUGGAAAUAUUAAUAGUUAUUAUUCUUUUAAUACUUUACGUAUUUAAUUUUAAAUAAUUUUCAUUCCGUGCAAGUUUUUAAUUUUUGACUGAAUGUUGAUGCUGUACCUGCUUAGGAUUGUGUGGCUGACCAGACUUUGAAUGCGGGCCGAGUGCGGCAUACUAAUGUACAUACCAUCUACAACACUUAAUGGUACGAAACUGGCAUCACAUUGAACGGUAUGACAUAAUACAUUUAUCUUUCUAUACUUGCAUUAUACAAUCACUUAGUUUAUUCGCGAAUUAUUGUUGAUUCAUUCAGUAUUUUGUGUUUUGCUGGUGUAAUAAUAUUUUAAUUUAAUGUAAUGUUAAUUUAAUAAUUGUAUGUGGUGCCUUGAUUUCUUGAAAUCAAUUUUAUAUAAUAAUACGAUAAAUUGUAUCAUUCAAAUUUCACGUUUUAUUUUAUUUUUUAAUUUGUUUUGAUCUAUAAUUUAAAUUAGAUUUAAAUGUAAUUGUUUGUAAUCCUACAGAUGGUGAUGAAUUACGCAUUUGAUUCAGUAUGACUAUAGUGUGUAUUAUUAAGAUUUGCUGUAAAUGUCCUGAUAUAUUUCUGAUAUAAACAAAGUGUACAAUUCCGAUUGUAUGAAAUGUAUUAUUGAGUUUGAUAAUAUUUAAAAAAGUAUAUAUCACGAAUAAUAAAUUGAAGAGUUGAAUGGAAGAAUGUAUGUCCUUUAUACCUUUCUAGUGAUAUGUGCAUUGUAAACUAUUGAAAACAUUGUAUGUUUGUCCCAAUUAAAUGUUUUAAUAUAUAUUUUAAUAAAAUGUG